GGGCGUUGGAGAGGAUGUGACAUCAGGCACAUCUCUCGCUUGGCUGGAUCGCUGGCCGCCGAGCAGGGCAGCCCCGGAGCUAAAUCCCAGCCCAGGUACUCGGGUUUCUGCGCAGAGAGCUGCCGGCACCACGUCCCGGGCUGCUGCAGGCUCCGCUGGGCUCAUGCGUGCAGAGUCUGUUCCAGAGAUCACUCCGGCCGCUGGGGGCUCGCCGGGGACCAUGGAAUUUGAACUCCGCAAACCAACCACAAAGUGAAAAAACAGCGGUCGGGCAGACGGGGCUGAGAUGGAUGAUGAGAGAACUAAUCAAAAUGCCAGCAAACUGCAAGCAGCUGGAGGCGCGGUGUCUGCCGCGGCUCCAUCCGACCCGCUGCCGAGGGACUUUGUUUCAGACUGGUCUCCUUUACAUGAGGCCUCUAUCCAUGGGCGUCUGCUUUCUCUGAAGAAGCUCAUUGAACAGGGGAAUGAUGUCAAUCUUGUUACAGCAGACCAGGUGUCUCCUCUCCAUGAAGCCUGCCUGGGGGGUCAUGCUGCUUGUGCCAGUGUCUUGUUAAAACAUGGUGCUCAGGUGAACGGAGUGACUGUUGACUGGCACACACCACUGUUCAACACUUGUGUCAGUGGCAGUGUGGCUUGCUUGAAUUUACUGCUGGAGCAUGGAGCCAGCCUACAACCACCCUGUGACCUGGCAUCCCCCAUCCACGAAGCUGCUAAGAGAGGUCAUGUGCAAUGUGUUGAACUGCUUGCGUCCCGUGGGGUAAAUAUAGAUCACAACAUCAAGCACCUGGGUACUCCUCUUUAUGUAGCAUGUGAGAACCAGCAACUGAACUGUGCCAAGAAGCUGCUUGAGUCAGGAGCAGACGUGAACAGCGGCAAGGGCCUGGACUCCCCUCUGCACACGGCUGCCAGGAGUUGCAGUGUGGAGCUGGUGAAGCUGCUGAUGGAUUUUGGAGCAGACAUUUGGGUGAAGAAUGCUGAAAACAAGAGGCCAGUGGAGCUGGUUCCACCGGGCUGCCCUGUGGGCCAGCUCUUCCUGCAGAGAGAAGGGCCACUGUCCUUGAUGCAGCUGUGCCGCCUGUGCAUCAGGAGGUGCUUUGGAUACAAGCAGCACCAAAAAAUAACUGGACUUCUCCUCCCAGACGAGCUGAAACAUUUUCUUCUCCACAUUUGAGCCCUUUCAUGUUCAAAACGGUGCCUUUAAUAAGACAGCAAGAAAUGGGUCCUGCUGCCACAAACCACAGUGCAGUUGUGACCCCUCUCUGCUCACUUGGGUGCUCCCCUGGGGAUAUCAGCUGCCUGAUACAUGUGGGAGCAAGGAUGCUGAGACUCCAGCUCUUCUUCCCGUUGCACCUUUCCUUUUGAGUUGUAAACCAAAGUGCAUCUGCAUCACCUGGGAGCAGCAGCAUGCCCAGCUCCCUGAAGGGCUGCCGUGUCACCCCUGAGCUGAAGGGGCAGCCACACCCUUCGGUGCUUCUGGAGAUCCUUUUUCACUUCUCUGUGGAGACUCCGUAAGAGUGGGCUGGGAGUGCAAAAACUGAUGACAUUACCAACACCAGCAAUGAGAGAUACAGAGUCCUCAUCUCCGAAGUGAGACUGGCAGCCUUCAAAUACGUGAAAGCUGAUUUUGGUGUUCACCAGUGUGCCAGUGUGAGCAGUGUCAGCCUGCCUUGUGCAAGUGGGAGGUUAGAGAGGAGAGAUCAAAUGGUACCUGGAUGCUGGUAUUUUAUGCAAAUCACAAUUCAAAUCCUUGUCUGCACAACGUGACUGCUGGCUAUUGGUAUCCAGUGUGAUGGUUUGAUUCCUUUGUGCUGACCAAACACACCACAGUUCUGUUGGGUUUGUGGGACACUAAAUUGUACCCUAAUGUGAUUAAAUGACAAGCACAGUUUGGUCUCUAACUGCUCUGGUGAUAGAGACACUUGGGAAUGUGUCACUUACCUGACCCAAUUCAUCACACAUGUUUGAGCCAUGUAAAAAUUAACUGUCUGGUUUAAGAUGGCCUUCUGUGUGGUUUCCCUCAUGCCCAGGAAGAAAAGUAGACAUCUGUAUUCACAAAGGUUGAAUGAAAGCAGGUAUCGUGGAAGGGAAAAGUAUCUUUUUGUAAAAUCAGUGUCUUGGUUAAGCUGAAUCUGCAUUGAACAGGCAAGGAAUGGACAAUGAACCUUGUGCUUAACUUCUGGACAUUAAAUUGAGAAGAAUCCCUGCUUUGGUGACACAGUGCAAGGCUGGAGAUCCAUCCCAUUAUAUUCUAGAUGAUGAAGAAACAUUUUUGUAUGUGCUAAUUUUACUUUUGCCUUUAGGCAUCUUAUUUUGUAACUUCAGCCAACGGGUUUAGAAGAGUAAUGAUAAUACCAGGAGGAAACUGCUCUGAGAACCAGGUGAGGGUGUUGCUUCUAGUUUGCUUUUCUUAUGCAAAUUUCAUGGUAUGACUGUUUACUUGAAUUUCUCUGCCCAAGUGUAAUUAGGAUGAAUUCUGUAUGCUCAGCUUGUAUCAUCUCCGUGUGUUUACUUAUUUAUUUUCAUAGAAAUUGUGGUCAACACUGGUGAAUUACAGCUUUAUGCAUCAACACUUACCCAGUUAUAAACUGUAAUAAGUACAAGAUGCAAACUGAAUAAGCUCAUUAUAGGUGAGGUUUGGAUUUUUUCUGUAUUUGAAACCAUUUAAAAUGUAAUGCAGGACUUAAAUGAUUGUCAGGAAUAUAUUUUAUCAGAUUCUUUCCUAUUUUUAUGUUAACAGUUUAAUGGUAGUUAAGCCACGAUUUUGUAGGAUAUUUUCUCUGAAAUAAAUAGUUUAUACUCUU